UCUUCGUUUGCUUCAACACUUCUCUGUUACCAUUUACCAUAAUCUCCCCUGGUCCAGGAUAACUAGCCGGUCGACGUAGACCGGCCGAUUUUCUGCAGACAUGAGCCGCCUGCUGGGAUGGGCGCGCGGCGCCACGCCCAAGCACAGCUCACAAGCGACCCCGGCACAGUCCCAGGAGGACCUCCUCGCCCAGCAGAUCGCCGUCAUCGAGGAUGCCAUGUCCCAUGCCGCCAUGAUCAUGAACGACGACAUUGACGGCGCAGAGGAGCAGCUCCGCAAGGGCAAUUCGACCUUCCACUCGCUUGGCAUGGGCGUCUGCAUCUUCAUGCGCAGCGUGCUGGGUUUCGAGAAGGGUGUCAUGCUCGAGGCCAGCAACCGUCUCUACGACACUGAGAAUGCCGCCUGGGAGGAGAUGAAGAAGGCCCAGAAGGAGGCCGGCACGCAAACGACGUUGCCUGGCAAGAUCUAUCCGCCUGGCAGCGAGCAUGCUCUGGUUCUGGCCGAGGCACAGCUCAUGUCCGCAAUCGUGGCUGUUCUGCACGAGAGCUUGACAGAGGGCAUCAAGGGAUUCUACAAGUUACGCAAGGCAUACAUCACCCUUGACGGCAUCAUGGAAUCGGAGAGUGCCUACCUGAAGCAGCAAGGCAUCAAGUUGGAGAAUGGAAAGGAUAUCAUGCUCAACAUGGCGGCACCACCGAAAUCUGUCGAUGACGACGAAGAUCUUGAAUUCACUGAUGCGGCUGAGUCUGGUAUUCCGACGCCGGAAGAAUAUGAAGGACAUCUCGCAAGGGAAGUUGACGAGUCGGCGCAGAAGCUGAAACAGCUUUCUGUCGAGGAGAAGAACACGAGCAAGGUCCCGGGCACGCCUGAGACAGCUGCCGACGUUUUCACCAACCCCAUCGACGCAUUUGUCCACAGCGGCGCAAACAUGUGCUUUGGCAUCUUGCUGCUCAUAAUAUCCAUGGUCCCGCCGGCUUUCUCUCGGCUAUUAUCAAUCAUUGGCUUCAGGGGUGAUCGCGAACGUGGCGUGCAGAUGCUCUGGCAAAGCACCAGGUUCGAUAACAUCAAUGGUGCGGUGGCCGGUCUUAUGAUAUUAGCAUACUACAACGGUCUGCUUGGCUUCUCAGACAUCUUGCCGUCAGACGAAGACGUCGAGAACGGCGCGGUCAUGGGCUACCCGAAAACCAGAUGCGCUGCACUUCUUGCCCAAAUGCGGUCACGCUAUCCUGAGAGUGGACUGUGGCGCCUCGAGGAAGCUCGAGUGCUUGCUGUGAAGAAGGAGCUGCACGAGGCUAUCAAGAUCCUGGAGAACAACAAGGCGUCGAAGAUGCGACAAGUCACUGCCCUCAACUCUUUCGAGCUCUCUCUUGACGCCAUGUACGUUCAGGAUUUCACGCUGAUGAGAGACAGCUUCCUUCGCUGUAUAGAGCUCAACGACUGGAGCCACUCUCUGUACUAUUACCUCGCUGGGGCCGCAGAGCUCGAGCUUUACCGAAAUGCCUACCACUCUACAGCCGACAAGAACGAAUCCGACAUGAGGAUGCACAAGAAGAAGGCUGAGGAGUUCUUCCGCAAGGCCCCUACAGUUGCCGGCAAGAAGCGUUUCAUGUCGAAGCCCUUGCCGUUCGAGCAGUUCGUUCUCCGCAAAAUUCAGAAGUGGGAGGACCGUGCCAAAGAACUCGGCAUUGACUUUACCGAUGCCGUUGGCGUCAGUCCCGUCUUUGAGAUGACUUACCUCUGGAAUGGUACCAAGAAGAUGCAGCGUCCAGAACUGGACAAGGCAGAAGCCCUGCUCUCAUGGCAACGGUUGACGGUGCCUGCCGAGGCUGCGGCCCAGAUCCAAGCUGAAAUCGACGAGGAGGCCCUGCACAAUGUCUGCUUGGCUGCGGUGUACCGAAACCAGGAGAAGCUGGCCGAGGCGAAGGACAUCCUUAAAGAUGUCCUCGCCAUCAACAAGGUCGAUAUUAAGGGUCCUACCAAGGACGAUUACCCGCUUCCCGCGGCGCACUACGAGAUGGCAGUCAUCUCGUGGGUCGAGGUCCAGAACCCUCAGCUUUAUAUGUCGGAGGCGAGCGAUGCAGAGGACGAGACGGCGUGGAAGCGGAAGAAGCUUGACGAGUGCCACACGUGGCUCGACACGGUGGGCAAGUGGGAAGGCUACGUGCUGGACGCGAGGUUUGGUAUGCGCGUUAACACCGGGCAGGACACGCUGAACUGGUACAGACGGGAGCACCCGUGGGCGACGGCGACGCCAUGAUUGUAUAAGACAAAUGGUGCACUUGGCGAUGUACACAAAUCGGGACUUGGUCGGCAGACCACAGCUGAAAGCAAUAGACGCAAACGGCGAGUUUGCCCGGGGAUAAUAUCUAUCCGAGUACGAUCUUGAAAGUCGUGUUUUUGUAAGGCGAUUUGUUCAGCAGCAACUGGGAGACCAAGAAUACUGCACAGCUCGAGUUGACACUGCUGACAUGUUGUAUGACAAUAUGCCAAGUGGUGUAGUAGAAGAUAAGCAUCUGCAUCGGUGA